GAUCGCGGUUACUGGUUCCGGUACCCCACGUAGAAGGUCGGCAGCGUCCCACAAGGUGGACAAAAGCCUCAUCCCUCACUUUGCAGCACUGACAUCUGAGAACCUGUCAGACUCCGAGGGUAUAAAUCACGGGACAGUUUCCUGGUGGGUGCGUGAGUGCCCACCCUGGUCCUCGUUCGCGAUGUCCGCAGGGCGCUCAGCGGAGGUCGAACGAAGGACCCAGCACCGUCCUCGCCGGAAUCCUUCCCGGGGUUGUCGGAGAAAGUCCACACAUUAGGCCGGACUUGCGGGUCCGGACCCUGCUUCCUCCUGGGACCACCUGCAGGCGAGUCUCCGCCGACCCACACUGCGCAGGCCGUCACUUCCGGCCUCGCGGGAGGACCGGGCGACGCUCUGGCCGUUGCCUUGGAAACAGAGGGAGGCGGGCGGAUGUCCUCUAGCGGUGACCAAGAGGCCUGCUCAGCGACGAGAAGGAAGCCUCCAGAGGAGCGCGGGGGAGGGGCCUGGGUGGGGCGCUAGCUCUGAAUGGCCGUCAGGUCGCGCUCCUCCCCCGUCACCUCACCUGCCAAUAGGCGCCGGGCCCACUGUGCGCAUGCGCAGGAUUCUAACAUACCGUCCGUCACGGCCGUCGGUCCCUCUUGUUGGCUGCAAGAAGACACCCGGUACAACAAUGCCAUCCCCACUGGCCCCCCCACGCCUGCCCUCUGUGGACCCCGUGGCUAUCCUGGACCAGCCUGAGGCAGCGCGCCUGCGCUUCCGGGGAUUCUGCUACCAGGAGGUGGCAGGUCCCCGUGAGGCCCUGGCCCGGCUCCGGGAGCUGUGCCGCCAGUGGCUGCGGCCCGAGGCGCACUCCAAGGAGCAGAUGCUGGAGCUGCUGGUGCUGGAGCAGUUCCUGGGCACGCUGCCUCCCGAGAUUCAGGCCUGGGUGCGGGCCCAGCGGCCCGGCAGCCCUGAGGAGGCCGUAGCCCUGGUCGAGGGCCUGCAGCAUGACCCUGGGCAGCUGCUGGGCUGGAUCACAGCCCAUGUCCUGAAGCAAGUGGUGCUCCCGGCAGCACAGAAGACGGAGGAGUCUUUGGGGAGCUCCCACCCUUCAGGGACAGUGGAGCUCCUCAGGGCAACCUCUGCGGAGGCCUCACAGGACACCCCCGUGGAGAAGUCUGCCCAGCUUAGCUGCAGUGUGAAGGAGGAGCCAGAUGCUGAUGGGCAGGAGAUGGCACCUUCCAACCCCCCAGAUCCAGCCCAGUCCCACGAGGGGCGCCCUGGACACCGGGAACCAGCCUCCAUGUCCUUCCACCCACCCAGGAUUCAGCAGGGAUACCAGCCCCCCCGCCGGAGGCACGGGCUGAGUCGGGGCCGGGGGCCAUGUGUACAGGGACAGAGGGUAGAAGAAACCUCCACCCGGGAGAGGAGAGGGAGAGUCACUGCGAGGGUCCGCCCCACUGCCCAGAGGCCCAGCCACCCCGGGGCCCGGGGUCUGUCACCUGGGAGGGCCCGUCUGGGGCCCCUGUGUCUGCCAGGGCAAUGCUGGGAACAGAGCUGGAGCCUGGUGCCCCGAGGAGGAAGCCUUACACCUGUGAGCUGUGUGGCCGAGGAUUUGACUGGAAAUCAGUCUUUGUCAUCCACCACCGGACGCAUGCAGAUGGGCAGGGUACACGGGCCCCGGCACUGGCCGUCGGGGGUGCUCAGAAGCUGCCACAGGGUUCCCAGGAGCCAGGCACACCCCGGUACCCCCGGCGCGUGCUCCCAGGGCCCCGGAACUAUGCGUGUGAGGAGUGUGGGCGCAGCUUUAGCUGGAAGUCGCAGCUGGUCAUCCACCGCAAGAGCCAUGCGGGUCAGCGGCGCCACUUCUGUGGAGACUGCGGCCGUGGCUUCGACUGGAAGUCCCAGCUGGUUAUCCACAGGAAGAGCCACCGGCCUGAAGCCCCGUGAGUGGCUCGAGAAGGCGGCCUCAUCUUGGGGGCCUUGGAGCCUCCAGGGCCUGGACACAGUUCCCGGGGCUCUGGUUCCAGCCGUCCCAGGGCUGCUCAGCCUCUGUGAAUCAGAGUUUCCAGGAGGGUCCCCUGCCCCAUUUCAGUCUCCCCAAAACAGCCACCUGGGUGUAAGUAAAAGAAGCUGCCUGGUGGGGCCUGGCUUGGAACCCGCGGCCUAAGCCUGGUGACUUCCAAGCUCUGAGAUCCCCAGCUGUGACCUGAUGCAGGCUGACAGGCUAAGGACUCUCGCUACCCCUGGGACCUUAGUGGCCCCAGGUGGAUGCUCAGAAACUGCCCCUUUCCACCCUUCCUGAAGCUUCUGGGCCUGAUGUCUUGGUGUGGAAGGUGCUGAAAGCUCAGAAGAGCAUGCUUUGCUUCUGUUUGCAGGCGGAUGGAAAACUUAACGACCCUCCACAUUUGAGAUUUUUAAAAAUUCCACUUUUAUAAUGGGAAGUUUCUGCAUAGGAAUUCUGAUCUCUGCUUUCUGCUGGUCAGAACAUCAGCAGUGCCACUCCUGCCUGGCAGCUGGACCCACAAGAAGGGCCAGCAGUCCUGGCCUCCUGGCCGCCUUUGUUCCUCGGCCACCAUGUCAUUCCUUGGACUCCUUGGCCUUUGAGCUCUUGAGUCUCAGCUUGAGUGGACCCUAAGGGGACUUCCUUCGCAAGUAUGGAUGAAAAAGGGUGGCCACUGAGGAAGGGUACACAAACGGAUGUCACUGGGGCCAUGUGAUUUAAAAGUAGUUUGUGAUCACUUGGACUAAUUUGAAAUAUACAAGAGAGCACAGGUAAGGGGAAUGACCCUGAGUUCCACUGUCUCGUGUCAGUGACUCUUCCAGGAGUCACACGUGGGGGCGUUUUAUAAAUCUUGUGGAGCUACUGUAUAUAUCAUGCUCUUCUCACUCAUUUCCCGGUUAUUAAAAAUGUAUUUUAAUGCCUGGGUAAAAAUUCCGUUUUCCAUCCAGCAGUGUCAUUUCCUACCAAGCCCAGAUAGUUCAUUGUUCACCCCCAUGGUACCCAGUGCAUCACCAGUGAUGCACACUCCCAAGCAUACCCUUGGGAUGCAACUCUGCUUAUUUCCCUUAGAGUAAGUCUCCCAAAGUAGGAUUGUUGCAUCUACAGAGCAUGGGACUUUUGUUUCCCUUUUGCCUUAAAACAACACUGGGUUCCUUGAGCCAAUUCCAAGUCUUCCCCUCCCCCCACAACACCAAGCAGUUCUCCAACAGAAAAUAUUUUUUAGGGACGCCUGGGUGGCUCAGCUG